AGUGUGUGCUUUGUUCUCUGAAAAGCUUAGGUCAGUUGAGCAACAUGCUGUUGUGUUUUUUUUUUUUUUUUUUUUUUAAAGAGCUGAGUAAUGCUGGAGCCUUCUCAUGUGGCUGAUGCAAACCUGGAGAAUUUGCAUCAUCAUUAAGCUGGAAUAAGUUGGUGUGACAGGCAGGAGCUUAAAUACCAGCCCCUGAGGAAGCUGAGCUGGUCUGUAAUCAUAGGGCGGUAGCAGCAGCCGCAGCAGCAGAGGUAGUCUGAGGUGGUGGAGGAGCGGGAGCACCAUGAACACACAGGUGUUUUCUGAGGAGUAAUUAGAUAGCUGUGAAGGAGAAAAUACACCUUUGAGUUCCUACCUGUGAACACAAUAGCGCUGAAAGAGACAGUCUGAAAGCAGAGAGGAAGAGGUUUGGUCAGUCCCACCAAGAGACACAAAGUUGAAAGUUUGGGGUUUUUAUUUUUAUUUUUUUUUCCUCCAUUUCAUUUUUCCUGUGUGUCACUACAAUGGUCAGAAAGCCUGUCGUGUCCACCAUCUCCAGUGGAGGUUACCUGCAGGGGAAUGUUAAUGGGAAGCUGCCUUCCUUGGGUGGCAAGGAGCCCCCUGGGCAGGAGAAAGUGGUGCUGAAGAAGAAAAUCACUUUGCUGAGGGGCAUCUCCAUCAUCAUUGGCACCAUCAUUGGAGCAGGAAUCUUCAUCUCUCCCAAGGGCGUGCUCCAGAACACGGGCAGCGUGGGCAUGUCUCUGAUUAUCUGGACAGUCUGUGGGGUCCUGUCACUAUUUGGAGCCUUGUCCUAUGCUGAGUUGGGAACAAGUAUAAAGAAAUCUGGUGGUCAUUAUACAUACAUCCUGGAGGUCUUUGGCCCAUUACCAGCUUUUGUACGAGUCUGGGUAGAACUGCUCAUAAUACGCCCUGCAGCCACUGCUGUGAUUUCUCUGGCCUUUGGACGCUACAUUCUGGAACCCUUUUUUAUUCAAUGUGAAAUUCCUGAACUUGCAAUCAAGCUCAUUACAGCUGUGGGCAUAACUGUAGUGAUGGUCCUAAACAGCAUGAGUGUCAGCUGGAGUGCCCGGAUUCAGAUUUUCCUAACCUUUUGCAAGCUCACAGCAAUUCUGAUAAUUAUAGUCCCUGGAGUUAUGCAGCUAAUUAAAGGGCAAACACAUCACUUUAAAGAUGCCUUCUCAGGAAGAGACGCGAGUAUUAUGGGGUUGCCACUGGCUUUUUAUUAUGGGAUGUAUGCAUAUGCUGGCUGGUUUUAUCUCAAUUUUGUUACUGAAGAAGUGGAAAAUCCUGAAAAAAACAUCCCCCUUGCCAUAUGUAUAUCCAUGGCCAUCGUCACCGUUGGCUAUGUGCUAACAAAUGUGGCCUACUUUACGACCAUUAGUGCCGAGGAGCUGUUGCUUUCCAAUGCAGUGGCGGUGACCUUUUCUGAGCGGCUACUGGGAAAUUUCUCAUUAGCAGUUCCGAUCUUUGUUGCCCUCUCCUGCUUUGGCUCCAUGAAUGGUGGUGUGUUUGCUGUCUCCAGGUUAUUCUAUGUUGCGUCUCGAGAGGGUCACCUUCCAGAAAUCCUCUCCAUGAUUCAUGUCCGCAAGCACACUCCUCUGCCAGCUGUUAUUGUUUUGCACCCUUUGACGAUGAUAAUGCUCUUCUCUGGGGACCUCUACAGUCUUCUGAAUUUCCUCAGUUUUGCCAGGUGGCUUUUUAUUGGGCUGGCGGUUGCUGGGCUGAUUUAUCUUCGAUACAAACGCCCAGAUAUGCAUCGUCCUUUCAAGGUGCCGCUGUUCAUCCCAGCUUUGUUUUCCUUCACGUGUCUCUUCAUGGUUGCCCUUUCCCUGUAUUCGGACCCAUUUAGUACAGGAAUUGGCUUCAUCAUUACUCUGACUGGGGUUCCUGCAUACUAUCUCUUUAUUAUAUGGGACAAGAAACCCAAGUGGUUUAGAAGAAUGUCAGGUAAGACUUUUAUACAGUUUCAGGACCUCUUGAGGGACCGUGUUGUAGGAAACGCAUCUGUGUGUACAUCCCCUCCCCUCCUUAAAGUUUAAGAAUAGAAGUAAGGCAACUGUUAGUUCAAAUACAUUAUUGCCUUUUAAUUAGAACUAGGAGAUGGAAAGUGGGAAAGAUGUUUAGGGUACAGCCACUCAGUCCUUUCAGGAUAUUUAGUUUGAGCUGCUCUGAUCACGUCUGAAGAGAACAGCUUUUUUAGAUAGAAUUUUAUCAGCAGUUCUAUAAAUGACCUAAUUGCUUUCCUAAAUCCCUUACUAACCUAUUUAUUUUUUGUUUUGGGUUGAACUCAGUUUAUUGAUUCUAUAUCAUAACAUGCUAUUUGCUGAGUGAUUAUGAGGCUUGGCACGGAGUGAGACAGAGACCCACAGGGGUCCUAAAUAUUAGCAUUAUGACACAACCCUAUUUAAUAGGCAUGUAAAUCACAGAAAGGUCAUAAGAAUAGCAAGAACGAUGAAGAGAAGAAUAACAAUUCACAAUUUAUUGUGUGGUUUCCGUGUGUUAGCACACAAUAUGACCUUAUUUCUUCAUUAUAAUAACCUUCUGAGGUAGCAAAAGUUCUCAUCCCCAUUUUAGAGAUUUUUGAGUUAUACCAUGGAAGAAUUCAUGUGAGUUGUUCCAAGUCAUGCAGAUACUAAGUAGACCAACUAGAAUUCAAACUCAGGUAGUGUUUUAUUUUAUAAAAAUCAUGCUGGGUACAGUGAGGAUGGAUUAGAGAGGAUCAAGACUGAAAAGACUCAGGAUUGGUAGUAAUCACAGUGACCCUACACAAGGAUGAAGAAGGGUCUGAACAGGGACGGUGUUGGCAGGGUCCAAGAGAAAGUGAAAGCUGUUAAAGAAGAAAAACCCAAAGGGCUUGGUGACCAGGUAAGUUGGGGAAAGAGGAAAUACAGGAUAUGAGUAGGUAGAAAGGGUGCCUAGGAGCAGUCUCUGUGGAAAGCCUGUCUCUCUGUCAGGGGCUGUGCUGAGUGAGGCCUUUCACUCACAUCAGCUCAUCCCAUCUGCCACAGUUCCCUGUGUGAGAUACUGUUUGUUCUUUCUAUACCUGGUGGAAACCAGGACUCAGAGAGAUAUAGAAUUUAUUUUUAAGUGUACAGAUUUUAAACCAUUGAGCUAGGAUUUGAGCCCACAUCUGCUGGACUUCAAAGUCCAUGCUCUUUCUAAAGUGGGUGCCUGGGGGACAAGAAAGAAGUAAAAAAAAAAAAAAAAAAAAAAAAAAAGUAGCCAGAAGAACAUCUAUGUUCUUGCUGGUCAGUUUGGUGAGUUUAGUGAGUUUAGAAAACAAAUAUUGUUCUUAUCUUUCAUUUUAAUUUACUUCUUUAAACAGAAUUAAUUUUUAAAAGCCCAGUAUGGAGUUCAGGGAGAUUUCUGAUAUUUCUGGUAAAACUGCUAAUAAAUAAUGUCAGUGUUUAUUAUUAUUUAGUAAAACUAAAAAACAAAAAAACCCCGAAAUAUGAAUAUGUAUCUCUUGACCCUCCAGUGUGUUACCCAAACUCAUUUAGAAGUCAGCCAUUUAAAAUAGACUUUUGCUACUACUCUUCAUUAGCUUUUAAUUGGUAUUUGGUAUCUUUAGACCUUAUGCUACUAUUUAUAUCUGAAUUUUGUUUUCUAGCCAACAACACUGACUCCCUGAAGAGGUAUUACUCUCCUUAGUUGGGCUCCUUAAGGUUAACCUGGGCACACUGCUUGUCUGGCAGGGUAUUUAAUCUCUGUUUCCUUUUAGAUCACACUAGUUAUCUGUGGAAUAUUUUUAGUUACAUCUUCUCUGUUGCAGGCAAUAGAUAUAGAGGCUUUCCUAAAAAAAAAAAAAAAAAAAAAAAGAGAGAAUCUAGUUUAACAAUAACUAUCCUGAGAAUUGCUGUCCUCAUUACCAAUGUUGGGAACAGAUUGGCAUUCAUCAUUUCGAGGUCUGUGUCUGUGUCCUAUUUUGGCUAGAGACAUUUGAAACCCCUGAGCGCCAUGGAGAGCAGGUGAAUUGAUGAAGAGAGAGCUAGUAGCCUUAGAAUUGGAUGAGGAGGAGGCAGAGGGUGAUGAGAGAGCAGGUUCUGUGCUUUCUCCCUCGUAGUAGGCAUUGUGCUCCUCCCACUGGGAGGCCGCCAACUCUAAACAUCCUUUCCCAUCACUACCAUGUACAUAUUUUUCACCCUUUCUUUGUCAGUGCCUACCAGCUGCCAGUUUUCAUACUUGAUCCUUCUUUGAUGGUUUUCCAUGCUUGUGUGAUUUUGAAGGUUUUUGUUGUUUUUCCAUCUUUAAUGAUGUUUCAAACAUCUCCAAGGACUCCAAAUUUAGUGUGGCCGUUUGUGAAAGCAGCCGCGAUGCAGUAGUCCCAUAAUGGUUAUUUGGAUCUCAAAAUGCCAUUAAGUCUUACCAGGGAGCAUGGCAAUUCUGCCUUUAAAUUGCGAGCCUUGUAACCCUUUAUCUUUAUAGCCGCCUUGAAAGUGAGUAGCAAAAAACAACAAUCCUCCAUAAUUUUGUUUGAUUUUCCUCUUAGGCAGCAUUCUUGUAGGAAAAUAAAGAAAAUUCGUAAUAUUUAUUGCUGCAAUAGCAAGUAGUUUCCUCGCCUUUGGCCAAAACAAAACACUCAUACAUAGACACACGGAACAGCGGAGUCCUGCCCACCACCUUGCCUCUUUUCCCAACUGCUUCCUUGUUAGGAAAAAGCUCAGUGUGAACUUGGAGAGCUUCUGCGAUUUCAUAUUAGAUUUUUGUUGGUGUUGUUGGGUAACAGUCUCUAGAAUUUUUAUUAUCUUUUUUUUUUUUUUCCCCCUGAUGUAUAUGAAUGCAUUAGCCUUCUAAAAUGAGAAUUGAUCAAAACAUAACUCACCUAAGGGGCUUUCACAAACAAUGUGAAGCAGAUGAACAGCCUUCAGGAAAUGGUGAAGAGCUGCUUGGUACAGAUAGCCAGGCAUGUUCAGAACCAAGGAUCUGAGAUUUUCCUAGAUUUGAUGAAUUUCUCUGGCCACAGGAUGCCAGUAUUGAACCACAGUUUGUUUGAUAGCAUUCCUAGGGUGAGGAGAAAAUGUGCUCUUAAGGGAAUAGUCAGAUACACAGAACACAGUUCUCUGCCAUCUGUGACAGAGUAGUGAAUUUUUCUAGGUAUUUAUUUAUUUACAGAAGCAUGAGUUUCUCACCCAAGGAAAAUUGGGGCGGACACCCCACUGACAUACUCACAUGCAUGGAGGUAGCUAGACCUGGCAAACUCUGGUGAGGGCUUGCAGUAGGUGUUGGCUUGGCUGUCUCCCUUUACCAGCCAGACCUUGUCACAGCUGAGAUGAGUGGGAUGACUGGAAGUCGGUCCCUCUUGCUAAAGCAAGAUAUGGGGGACAGCUGUGUUUAGGCAACAUCUGUGAUGACGAAGAAUCAUACUGGGGAGCACCAGCAAAAUGGUCAUAGUCCAUUCUUGUAGACAAUGACUUUGCAAUUCCAGGGUUCUGAAAGCAUAUGAUGCUAAUGGUGUAUCAUGGGUAACUUAGCUUAUGAGAGAUUCCACACUGGAAGCUCCUGAGUGCAUUCGACUGGCUCUUCACGAAGUCUGCAGUGCAGUAUUUUAAAUUAGUUAAGCUUGCUUACAUCUCUUGGGGGCCUAAACCAUCUUCAUUGUAAAGAUCAAAGGAGACCAUACACGUGAAAAGGUUUGGAAGCCUUUUUUAAAAAAUAGAAAAACAACAUACCUACUAUUAUUUUAAUUAUGACCUGUGGGGAAGAUUGGUUUUGUGCUAAUACUUCAUAGAGUUACUCAGUUUGGCUGUAGGUCCUGUGCUUGUACCAUGUGGUUGGGUAAAUCCGAUUUUGCAAGGUCAGUUGUUUGAGCUGAUUUCAAAAACUACUUUACUACUGAAAAGUAAAGCUAAAAGUACUGCAAUUACUAUUUGUUCUUGUAACUUGCAGUUACUGAAAACAUCGAGUGUAGACUCAUUGGCUCAUUUUUGUUUAAAAGAAUAGUAUCAUAGAGGGAUGCCUAGGAAGCUCAGUCAAUUAAGCGUCUGCCUUCGG